AGCCGCGGAGGGCGCCGGGAGCCGCGCUGGCCGCCGGGAGCCGCCGAGGGCGCCGCGGCUGGUCGCGGCGCGUGGGGGCUGUCUGGGAGCGCGCCCGCGUGGUGCAGCCUUCGGCAUGGGCCUCCUGAGCGGGGCUGCGCGCAUCCUGGUGCGCGGCGCCGACCGCAUGAGCCGGUGGACCAGCAAGCGGGGCCCGCGCACCUUCUACAAGAGCCGCGGCGCCAAGGGCACCGGCGUCCACGGCCGCGACGGGAAGUUUGUGCAGAUCAGGGAGACGGUCCCGGAGCUGGUGGUGCCCGAGCUGGCCGGCUUCAGGCUCAAGCCCUACGUGAACUACCGCGCCCCCGCGGGCGCGGACACGCCCCUGACGGCCGAGCGGCUGUUCCGGGAGGCGGUGGCGCCGGCCGUCGAGAAGGACCUCCGGGACGGCACCUUCGACCCGGAGCAGCUGCGGAAGUACGGCUUCGAGCCCACCCAGGAAGGCAGGCUCUUCCAGCUGUACCCCAAGAACUUCCCGCGCUAGGGGCGGCGCGCUCGGCUUUGGCGUCUGGCCGUCGGGAGACGAGAGGACCUAGAGGCCCCACGCCGGCGACACCGGAAGCCGUCGCCUGCCGACCGCAAGGGUUUGGGGCCAGGACACGUGGCUUAGCUUGUAAAAGGAAGAGGAUUCACGAGGCACGUCGCGCCACGGGACAGCACCGGCUAAUUCAUCGCCCGGAUUCUCCACCCCACGAAAGCCGUGCGCAGCCUGUAUGGGUUCAGAAGCAGCUGCUGUGGGGCCACACCGCCAGGAGUCUAGUCCCCUCGUCCUUUGGGUGCGCCUGUUUCCGUGCAUAGUCCCUCCGGCCCUCUGUAUUCUGCGUAAUACUUGAUUCUUAGGUGAAAUGCCGUUAAACUCAAAGGAGGGUUCAAAUGCUUCUAUUGAAAUAAAUGCGCCGUCAGCUGGGAAUCGACCGUUUUAGCAUAGUAAUUUCCUACCUGUUCUCACCUAUACUUUCAUCAGAAAAUAAAGCAAGAAACAGAAGUGUGUUUUCU